AUGGAGAAAACGAUAGAGAAGGGUGUUGAGUCUGUUGACUCGAGCUUGACAACAUUUGAGCGAAUAAUAGAGAAACUCAAUCGCAAUGAGGAGUUGCCGGCAAUUCGAUCAAGAAAAAUGAAGCCCUCUCCCAUUCCAUGUAGCCAAGAUAAUGUCAAAUCAGCCACACCGCAUCCACCUCAUGUUUUUGUGAUGACUCCACGGCAUCCACCUCAUGUUUCUGUGAUGACUCCACCGCCUCCACAUUCUGUUUCCAUAAUGACUCCCCCACCUCCAUCUCUUGUUUCAGUGACAAGUCUGCCACCUCAGCCUCCUGUUUCCCUAACGCCGUUGCCACCGCCUGUGCCUCUUAUUUCUAUGGAAACGCCUACUUCUCUUAUAGAGACAGUGGUCGUGGUGGCUCCUGCCCCUUCAAAUAUACUUGCUGCGUCGCUCCCUACAAGAACUUCAUCUCUUUCAAGGGUUGCUCCCCUCUCUACAAGGGUUGAUUCCCUCUCUACAAAGACUCUUGUGCCAACAAGGAUUUACGCCAGCUUUGUUCAUCGAGAUUGGAAGGAAUUGAGUCAAUUGACUAAGGAUUUUCUUACUACGAUAAACUUAGGCAGAAUAUAUAAAGCCUCUCUAGGGAUCACGGUGCAACGAGGGGAAUAUGAAUUUUCAUAA